CUUGCAUCGGAUGACUUCUCCCGACAACUACAUGCAUACAAACGAGACCAAUGUCUUCAACAUGUACUGGUUUGGCACUCCGACCUUUGACCCCUUACCGCUGGGAACGCGCCUUCAGAAACUGUUCCGAGAAAUGUCUGCCUUCUUCCGCGACAAGGGGAACAGCUAUCGCAUCUUCCUGCGGCAUAACCCAUUCCGGGGCUCAUUGACUGGGACUGCACUCCGACGAUCCUUCAUGUACGGCUACGAUGAAUCGGAGCGAGACUGUCCUCCGAGCCUGCAGGAUCGCGAGGCUGUGCUGGCACACGAGAUGGUUCACAACUGGGUGCUGCUCACCCGGGAGAGCGUGGCCGAUAAUUGGUAUCAUGAAGGGCUUGCCGAGUACUAUCAAGUUCUCCUCCGCUUCCGCUUUGGCCUCCUGUCGGCACGGGAGUACUUGCAACAGGUCAACGAGAAGCUGGUUGCCUAUUAUACGAACCCUUUGGCUACCUGGUCGCUAGAGCGAGUCCAGAAGGUGACCUGGAACAUGACGGAUGCACAGCGCAUGCCGUAUAUGCGGGGGUUCGCUUUUGCGCUCCAGGUCAAUGACGUCCUUCGCACUGCUGGACAUUCCAUCGACGAUCUGGUCGGGCCUCUUGCAGACAGACUGCAAGGCGGAGAGAGUGUUGGAGUGGAGGACUACCUGCAACGUCUCUCACAGUUGCUUGGCGGCGACGAAACUAGAGCAGAUUCGCUCGUGACGGAGAUGAAAGAGGGUACGUUGGUGGUUCCGGGAGUUCACAGCCUAGAACAGCUCCCCUGGCAAGUUAGACUUGUUCAACGAAAAUUGGAAAAAUUCGAGCUUGGAUUUGAUGAAAGCUCGUUGCUCCAAGGACCACGCAUCGUGAAGGGUUUGAUUCAAGGCUCCCGAGCACAACUGGCCGGGAUACAGGACGGAGACCGUAUUGAGCUGGAGUGUGGAUCAACACAUUUGACAGUUCGAUCGCAAUUCAGCGCGACAUUGAAGCUCAGGGUAUUUCGAGAGGGCAACGCGCCGUUUGUAGUCGAGUUUUGGCCUAGGUCACAGGAUAAAGUCGAGGCGUAUCAGUACGAAGUGGUUCAGAAUGAGGAGUUAUGAAGAAUGCUGACAUAGAAGGUAAGAAUAAGAAAUAAAUAAUUUAUUUAUGUAAGUAUGUAUGUUGUAGUAUUGAAUUUGAAACAUACAAGCAUGUAUAUGG